AUGGACAACAAAACCCCCGUCAAAAAGGAGGACUCCUUCACCUUUGAGGACUUUGUUCGCCAGAUGCGCCGCCCAACCCCAAUGAUCAUGACCCCGACCGGCCUCAUGCCUCCCGGCGACGCCAGCUCCCUCCAGAGGGUCUCAGAGCUCAAAGCCACCGCCAUCGUCGCCGGCGACCUCCUCUGCUGUCUCCGUUUCGAAAGCCCUUCUGGAGAGACCGGCAACAUGGUCGCGCCAUCCGACCUCGUCAAAGGGGCCGUCAUCUACCAGGGCAACGACAACGGUAUACCAGCCGCCAUCGAAUCUGCAGUACUCGGUCUACGCAAUGGCAGCGUCAUUGACACCAUUCCUCUGCCCAUCACCAGCAAGGGCCUCAUGGGGUCUAAGCGUCCUGCGGGCUAUCGCAAGAUCGAGAUCAAGUUCAGCUUCGUCGAUCGAAGUGAGGUCAACUCUCAGAACAAGGGGCGCACCAACAUACAGGACUGCGAGUAUGACAAGGCGUUCAUCAUUGUUCCCUUUGACGAAGCGUUUUCUGGUUCUCGGCCGACGAAGGCGCUGAUGCUUGAGGAGGUUGUGGAUGGGGGUGAAGGAACCGGUGCUUGUUGGGUUAUCGAGCGCCGCAGGGGGGGCGUCUGA